CUCAGCGAGUCGCUCAGGCACCUGGUCGCAGAGGAAGACAAAUGCGUCGCGUUCCCGAACGUGUACCAGCACUUCGUAGAAGAAUUUGAGCUCGAGGACGAGACGCGUCCCGGGCACCGCAAGAUCCUCGCGCUGUUCCUCGUGGAUCCGAACGUGCGGAUCUUGUCGACGACGGACGUCCCGCCUCAACAACAGGAGUGGGCGGUUGCGGAGGCGCUGGGAGGCGUGCGGAAGCUUCCACAGGAGCUAUUAGACAUGAUAUUUGGGUUCACAGAGCCCACGCUGAUAUCGCGGAAGCAGGCGGAGGAGCACAGAGAGAGGCCGAUGGAGGAACGGAGCGCGUUCGUCGAGAUUCACAACGAGCAGACUUUCGAGAUGCAUUUCACCAUGUGCGAGCAUUGA